AUGGAAUGGCUGGAGGCUUAUGAAAUGGCCAAAUGUCUUGACUCUGCCAGGAGCAGUUGUUUCAGCGCCGUUUCAGUCGACACUGGGCACGUCCAAGAAGCUUCAGCAAAUCAGUGGAGUUGGAACACACUCGAGACCGAUUCUGUCGAGGGAGGGGUUGGGAACGCUGCUUCUUUUGAGAUAAGAGGUCCUCAUCUCGUAGUGUGCCAUUACUUCAUUGGCACAUACCAAGAGCUCUCUAGAGAAACCAACCCCGGUCUCACCCGCUGCCCCGUCACCCGCGCGAUGACCGCCAUGCAGACUCUCGUCUCUUGCUCCCUCGCUCGGCGCUGCGCCUCCCGGGGGGCUCGUGCUGUCGUGCCGCCGGCGCAACAACGUCCCGCCAGGGCCAUCCACGUCUUCGGAUCGGACGAAAUGGCCGCCAGCUGGCGGAUCGUCUGUCUCGCCGAGUCUCUUUUUGAGUUUCUUGUUCAGACGACUCAGGUUCACUGUCUCUCCGGAACACAUACGGCACGUCGCGCACCCAGAACCACGGGCACGCCGCACACUGACCCUGGCAACCCUCGAAAUGCGCGCACCCGAGAUGAGGAGAACCUUAGUUUAUUGAAGCUUGAGGAGUUGGAGGGAGCUAAAACCCGUCGGACCGCAACUACAACACGUUUAGACACCGGCGCUAGGGCAUAG